CAGACCUAAGUAGUGCGGGAUAGAGGGUGCUCCGCUCUGUGCAGGCUAAAAAGAAAACAAGAAGGCGAGAAGCUAAAGCGGCACUCUACAGUGUGAAUAAUUGUGCUUGUGCGCUUUAUUGAUGUACUAAAGCUUUAAAGUAUUUAAUUAUUUGCAGUAUCAUAUCAAGUAUGGUUCGUAGCGACAAGGACAGACAUCAUCGACGAAGAUCCAAAUCGCGAUCGAGAUCUCGGUCGGCCGAACCUGAAAAGAAGCGACGUCGAUCUAGGAGCAGAGACCGUGAGAGAGACAGAGAUAAGGGUCGACAUAGAGAACGCAGAAGUCGUUCGCGUGACAGAGACAGAGACAGGAGAGAUCGUUCUGAACGUGACAGGGAUCGCGAGAGAAAACGUGGAGACAGUAAAGAAAAGCGUCUUACAGGCUCAAAGUCUUCGCGCUCUGGCAAAGAACGAUCUAACAGAUCUCGGUCACGUGAUAGAAAGGAUAAAGAAAAAGGUGACAAUGAAGAAUUACCAUUUGAUCACACAAAAUUGGACAAGGAGGAAGAGCAAAAGAGGCUUGAAUUGGAAAUGCAAAAGAGGAGGGAGAGAAUAGAAAGAUGGCGAGCAGAGCGGAAGAAGAAAGAGCUGGAAGCGACCAAAAAAGACGGUAAGGCAUCUAUUUUGGCAAAUCUUCAGCUACCCAUGAAAAAGUGGUCCCUUGAGGAUGAUAGUGAUGAAGAGACUCCUGUGGUACAGAAUAACACAAAAGAGGCAAAGGAAGAAGGUGUAAAAGAGGAAAUUGAAGAAGUAAAGGAGGAAGUGAAAGAUGAAGAGGAAGAAGUUGAUCCGCUGGAUGCUUUCAUGGCAGAGGUGCAAGAAGAGGUGAGGAAAGUGAACAAACUAGAUAACAAAGCCCCAAAAAAUGCCAACAAUGGUACGAGUUCUGGAACACAGAGUGGCGGUGUCGUUAUAGUGACUGGUGUAGCCAAAAAGAAAGUUCAGAAACAAAAGGGAGAACUGAUCGAGCAAAAUCAAGAUGGUUUGGAGUAUUCCAGCGAAGAAGAGGGCGAAAAUCUUCAUGAGACUGCAGCGGGUAUAGCAAACAAACAGAAACGAGAGUUAGCCAAAGUCGAUCACGCAACCACGGAUUAUCAACCGUUCCGAAAGUCCUUCUACGUUGAAGUUCCUGAAAUUGCAAGAAUGACGCCAGAGGAAGUAGAGGCAUACAAAGAGGAGUUAGAAGGCAUUCGCGUAAAAGGCAAAGGUUGUCCAAAGCCUAUCAAAUCAUGGGCGCAAUGCGGCGUAACCAAGAAGGAACUAGAAGUGUUAAAGAAAUUGGGUUACGAGAAACCUACGCCCAUUCAAUGCCAAGCGAUCCCGGCAAUUAUGUCCGGCCGCGAUCUCAUCGGUAUAGCAAAAACAGGUAGUGGAAAAACAUUGGCUUUCUUAUUACCAAUGUUUCGACAUAUACUGGACCAGCCACCACUGGCUGACGGCGACGGGCCGAUCGCGUUAAUCAUGACGCCUACUAGGGAAUUGUGUAUGCAAAUUGGCAGGGAUUCGAAAAAAUUCACCAAAUCGUUGGGUCUGUCGCACGUGUGUGUUUACGGUGGAACCGGUAUCUCCGAACAAAUAGCAGAGUUGAAGAGAGGUGCCGAGAUCAUAGUAUGCACCCCGGGUAGAAUGAUCGAUAUGCUCGCCGCAAACAGUGGUCGUGUGACCAAUCUGCGUCGAGUGACAUACGUAGUGCUAGACGAAGCUGACAGAAUGUUCGACAUGGGCUUCGAACCUCAGGUAAUGCGUAUUAUGGAGAACGUAAGACCGGAUCGGCAGACGGUACUGUUCAGUGCGACGUUUCCACGACAAAUGGAGGCACUGGCCAGAAGAAUACUUACCAGACCAGUGGAGGUGCAAGUCGGAGGACGUUCCGUUGUCUGCAAAGAUGUCGAACAACACGUAGUCGUACUCGAGGAGGACCAGAAGUUCUACAAGUUACUAGAAAUUCUCGGUCACUACCAAGACAAAGGCUCGACCAUUAUAUUCGUAGACAAACAAGAAAACGCGGACACGUUGUUGAAGGACCUUAUGAAAGCUUCAUAUUCCUGUAUGUCUCUUCACGGUGGUAUCGACCAGUGCGACAGAGACUCUACUAUAUUGGAUUUCAAAGCCGGACGGACAAAGUUGUUGGUAGCCACAUCUGUCGCCGCUAGAGGCCUAGAUGUUAAGCACUUGGUACUGGUAGUCAAUUACGAUUGUCCUAAUCAUUACGAGGAUUACGUGCACAGAUGUGGUAGAACCGGUAGAGCCGGAAACAAAGGAUACGCGUACACUUUUAUCACAUCAGAGCAGGAACGCUAUGCCGGUGAUAUCCUACGUGCACACGAAUUAGCGGGUGUACUCGUUCCAGAACCGUUGCGUCAGCUAUGGGAGAAUUACAAAGCACGACAAGCUGCGGACGGCAAGAAAGUGCACACUGGUGGCGGUUUUAGCGGCAAAGGAUUCAAAUUCGAUGAGUCGGAAGCCGCUCUGGCGAAUGAGAAGAAAAAAUUCCAGAAAGCAGCUCUAGGACUGCAGGAUUCCGACGACGAGGACAUAGAAAAUGACAUCGAUCAACAGAUCGAGAGUAUGCUGGCGCCUAAGCGUACAGUUCGUGAAAUAGCGAGACCGUCUGCGACCAAUAUUACGGUACCAGGUCAGCCGAUACCCAGCGCCACUGAUAAACUCGAAUUAGCUAGAAGAUUGGCGUCCAAGAUAAACAUCGCCAAGAAUUUAGGCGCCGAGGCGAAAGGUGCCACCCAACAAGCGGCAGAGGCCAUACUUAAGGGCGCAGGACCUACGAAUCUUAUUACGGCAAAGACCGUCGCAGAACAAUUGGCAGCGAAGUUGAACACUAAAUUGAAUUAUCAGCCGCGCGAAGAGGAUCUCGUAGAGAGCGACGCGGAAACGGGCGAGCAAACAUUCCGUAAGUAUGAGGAGGAGCUCGAGAUAAAUGAUUUCCCGCAACAAGCAAGAUGGCGAGUCACGAGCAAAGAAGCGUUGGCCCAAAUUUCGGAAUAUUCCGAAGCGGGUUUGACGGUCAGAGGAACAUACAUCGCGCCUGGAAAAGCACCACCGGAAGGCGAGAGGAAACUAUACCUAGCUAUAGAAUCGACAAGUGAAUUGGCGGUCAGCAAAGCCAAAGCGGAGGUCUCGCGGCUCAUCAAAGAGGAACUUAUCAAGCUGCAGGCGUCCGGCGCUCACACUGCGUCACGUGGUCGAUAUAAAGUCUUAUAAAGCACUUUUAUAAGGUUUGCAUCUUAAGUUCAAUUCUUUUUUUUUCUUUCUGUUUAAUUACUUAUGAAAUUACUCAUUGAGAGGACAGUGGUGUCACUCGAAAUAUGUAUGAUAAGAAAUUGCAAAAAUUUAUUAUAUAUAACUAACGAUACCAAGAGUUUAUAUUAAACAGCACAAUAACAAAGUAUACUUAACACUUAUGGGAGCAUUAUCUGUAUCAUUGGCACGAACCACUGCAGGCGAUCCAAAUUUUCGCAGGUUUAUAAAUAAUAAAAGUGCGAGGACCGUCGUUCCCUUAA